AUGGAAUAUUCAGAAGAUACAGAACACAUUCAAUGCAAUUAUAAUAAUAUUCAGGAACUUCUAAGGGUUGAAUUGAAAAAAUCACCUGAACGCUAUUCAAAACCAAUUUAUAUCUUACCUGAUAUUGAUGAUAAUGUCGAAUGUCAAUUGGAACAAGAGCUACUAAACGAAAGCAAAUGUAAUACUGAAAAUCGCAUUAUUCUAAUUCCAUAUCGUUUGGAAAACUCUCACUGGAUUGGUAUUUUAAUUGAACUUCAAGCGGCCAAACAAAUUAUACGAGCUGAAUAUAUUGAUCCAGUCAAUAGGUCUAGUUUCGUUCCGGAUAGAUUACAAAAGCAAUUAGCUAAAGUUUACCCAUCUGCUGUUCUGCAGACAAAGGAUCUGUUAAAGCACAAUGAUCGAACACAUAGUGCAAAAUUAACCAUUAAAAACUUAUUAGCUGCAGUCGAAAACGAUCAACGUCCAGAGAUGCGUCAACCAUACGUGAAUAUUCCAGACGGAAAUGAAACAAGUACAUAUUCAGCUGAAUCAAAAUCACUGCAUUGGCAGCAGAGCGAAAAUACGAUUUCAAAGGACGGUAAUGACUAUAGACUUGCUGGUCUAGAACAACAAUUAAAGAACGGACUCGAAAAACUAAACAUUCCAGACGUAAGUUUAAUACCACAAAAAAUACAGAAAAUAGAAGUACGAAUCAAAAAAUAUGAUGAUGAGAGAAGAAUAGAUGAUAUUGAGAAAGAAGAGAAACACUUACGGGAACUUCAGGAGUUACAAAAAAUUUCGGAAUUAAUUUAUUCUGAAUCUAUCUCACGUAUUCCCAAUAAGGAUAACGAGUCAAAUGUGAAUAGAACUGACAAACAAGGCCUUGCAAGUUCAAGUAACAUAAUUGCACUUGAGAAAAAUAAAAGACUGUUACAUCUGAACGAACUGCGUGAGGAUUUCGCUGCUAUGCCACCUUGUGCUGAAAAAUCCAUAUUGGAACUUUUAGAACAUUUUGAACAGAAAUUAUUAGAAAAUGAUCCGUACUCACAAGAACAAAACUCAGUAAUUGAAAUGUUAAGUAAAUUGAAUGAUCAGAUUAAAAAGCAAGAUUUACUUUCAAAAGAGAUUCAAGCUAGUCUUCAAAAUUUAAACAUAGCCGUAAAUAGUGGUAAUAUGUCAAGUUCAGUGGAUAUUCUGCACGACCUUAAAAAGAAAAUCAGACCACUGAAUGUACAAGAUAUACAAAGACUCGUUUCUAAAGCGAAAAAAGCUGCUGAAUUAAUCCGUGAUAAAGAUAUUAUUUUGUUAGUAGGUGAAACUGGCAGUGGAAAAUCUACUACGAUUCAAUUUCUUGCAGGUUCUGAGAUGAAGGAUGUGCAGGUGGAAAUUGAACCCGGGAAAUUUUUAGAUCAUAUUACACCAAUUGGACUUGUCAAGAAUCCAGGAUUGAAUAAUGUGACUAGUAGUCCAUUUCACAAAUCAGAAACGCGCUAUAUUACACCAGUUACGAUACAAUUGAAGGAUAUUCUUGAUAGUCAUGAAACCGAUGUUAUUACUUUAUGUGAUGCACCUGGUUUUAGUGAUACAGCAGGUGUAGAGGUAGAUAUUGCUAAUAGUGUAGGAGUUAUCGAAGCAUUAAAAAGAACUAAGAGUGUCAAGAUACUUGCUUUGUCAAGCUAUCAAAGUUUAGGUGAUAGAGGUGAAGGAAUUCAGAGAUUGGCACAUAUAUUAAUAAAUAUGAUGCAUAAAAUAGACGACAGACUUGACGCUAUUAUUUACGCAUUUACAAAAUAUCCUGAGAAAAAAAAUAUUAAUGCUGUAUUAACGGAUAUUAAAAAUCAGAAAGUAAAUAAAGAUCGGUUUUUGCGAUCUGAUACUGCGUUUGUGACCGUAUUGUCAGAUAUGAUCGAUAAAACAGAAGGAAAUGGUUACAAAAUCGAUCCUAUUCAUGGUGAUCGGAAAAUAUUAAUUAAAAAAUUAAAACGUACAAAAGGUAUUCAGUAUCCGAAAGAAGUUUUUCAAUUUUCUAUGAGUAGAGAAACACGAACUAGUAUUGGUAAUCAUGUUGAAAAAGAUAAGUCUAGUAUAAUUUGUGCAAUGAAACACAAAAACAACGAACUUAUGAUUUAUUACCUAAAUGAUUUGAAAACCUUACACGAUUUAACAAAGCAAAGUUUUGUUCGAGAAGCUUAUGAAAGUUCAAUACGUUGGAUAAGUGAUAACAUUAAUGAAUAUUGUACGAGAAUAAAGAGAAAAUUUAAUCGUGUUUUAACUAGUCAAGAUCGAUUAGGAGAAGAUGAUAUUCGUGAGUAUAAAGCUGCUGUUGAAUAUCUUCAACAUAUUCAAAUCUUAAAAGAACAUUUAGGAUCAUUUCUAUUAUCACCUGAAACAUUGAUGCAAAACAUCAUUUCCAAAUUGUGUGAAAGAAGUUGCGCUCUGAAUAAAGAAGAUCUGUAUAAUCCUUUAGUUGGAGUAUAUUUGAAUAAUCUUCGCAUGCUUAGAAACUCGUUUAAAGAACUGGAAAUAUACUAUCGUAAUAGUUGUAAAGAGUUCGAUAAGCGUUUUUAUUUAUUAGUGCAAUCUGCGCGCGAACUCAUUCUAACGAAUAAUUUCAAACAAAUCGCUGAAAUUAUUCUUAGUAUAUAUAAAUCUUCGCAUGUUCUGAAAGAUCAUUUAGAUGAGAAAGUUGAAGAGACAUAUUACAACAUCGUUAAAUCGUGCUUACAACACCUAAGUAGUUUCUCAGAAAGAUCAGAUGCACUUUUACAAAAGACUCGAUUAACCAAUGAUGAUAUUGAAAUUCUUAAAAGUUAUAUGGAAAUACUGAGAUCAGCUAAAGAAUGUUCUCCACUUCAAGAUCGUAUUUUCACAUAUAUUGAUAUGUUGAAAAGAAAAGUUACUGUCGCAAAUCAGUACAGUCAAAAUUGGGACUCUGAAGAAAUCUUUACAGAUCUGAAUCAAAUUUAUAACAAUUUUAUUAUGAAAAUUAUGAACUAUUUCGAUGAGAUAAACGUCAGAACUGAAGAACUUUUUAAAGGAGCUAGAGAUCAUACUUUAGAAGAUAUACAGAAGUUAGUCGAUGAUAUGGAUGCUAUACGUCAAAUUCCAGAACUAGAAUCAAAGACUGCUGGAACAUAUUAUCGUACCGUUGAAGCAUUGCGUGGUUAUAUGCAGAAAUUGCAAAUAGAAGCAGAGCAAUUACUAUUUACUAUAGAUCAUCAGGCUGGAACUAUUAGUUAUAGACAUCUCGCACAAUCAUUGUUACGUUUGAAAAACGCAGAAUGGACCAAUCAUCUUAGUCCAGGAACGUAUGAUACUUUAAUGCGUCACAUCAAAGAAAAGUUAGUGCAACAUGCUUGCCAAUUGGAAGAUCGCUUGAUGAAUAUAGAUUAUAGUUUGAAAUGUCCAGAUAAUAUUUCUAUUGUGCAAGAAAUUGUUAAAAAAAUUGAAUCUAUGCGUAAUUUAGAGCGUAGUGUUCCAGAACUUGAAAAGUACAGACAAAAUAAAGAUGUUUAUCUAAUAAAACAAGAGUUGAAAAAUCUCGAAGAAAUUAAAAAAGGAUGUAAUAAUUUACAUCCAGCUCGUAUAUUUUUACGGAAACACAAUUAUUCAGAUAUUAUUAUGCUGAAUGGUGAGAUUGAAGAGUUAAAAACUAAGCAAAAAGGUGCACUUCAAGUAGCAGAAACUGAACAACAUGACAUGAAGUAUACGUUAGAGAAUUUAAAUUCAAUUGUUCGAGAAUAUAUGAAUUUAUCUCCUUCGGAGACAGAUCGAGGUGUAGCUGGAGAACUGUCUGGCAUGCUAGGAAGAACAUUGCACGGUAAAAGUACACAGGCAGAGAGUUCUUUAAAGACGGUAGGAUAUUCAAGUAUCGAUGUUGUGUGCGAAAAGAUUGCAGAGACCGAAAAAAGUUAUCGUAACAAAUUACAAUGGAGUACGAAGCAAAAUGAAGAAUUAAGUAUUUCUUUAAGUCGUCUUGAAUCAAUAAAAGAAGAGCACGAUUCAUUAUUAGCUACACGUAAUUUAGUAUCUUCUGAAGAAAUAAGUUUCCUUCGAGAAAAAGGAUUCAAUAGUUAUGAAUUACUUGACGAAAAUAUACAAGAGAAGACGAGAAUUAUUGGUGAACGUGGAAAAAAUAAACAAUCAUUCCAUUUUAGUGACAGAAUAGACGCGUCUACAGCAAAUAAUGCGUUGGUGUAUUUAAGUCAAUGCGAAAAAGUAGACCAUCAUUGUGUAAAAGAAAGUGCAGCUGAUACCCAUGAAAUUUUGAAAAAGUAUUUAAGUGAAUACGGUAAUUUUCUUAAUCAAGAAAUAAGUAAAAAAUUCAAUUAUAUAAUUAGUAUUGACGCUGAAGGAGGUCGUUUUCAACAUUCUCAAGAUUUAGAAAUGCGUUUACAAGAGUUAUCAUCUCUUAGUAGAUUUCCGCAUGUUUUUGAAUGUAUUGAUGGACUUGUGAAAGUAAAAGAUUGGCAUCGAGAAUUUCUUGAAUAUCAUCGUAUUCUGGGUGGUAAAAUGAAAGAAUAUGAAGAUGAUAAAAGAUAUAGAGAUAGUGGCGGCACCACCGGUAGGCUGGAGGGAGCCCAGCGCUCCCUAACACCCUAUGAGCCCGCACAAAAGAUUUUUAAAACGGCGGUAGAGAAGCAACAAUCGGCCANUGUUUAG